AUGACCUGCAUUCCUGCAGAGAUAGAAAUGACCUGCAUUCCUACAGAGGUAGAAAUGAACUGUAUUCCUACAGAGGUAGAAAUGGCCUGCAUUCCUGCAGAGGUAGAAAUGACCUGCAUUCCUGCAGAGGUAGAAAUGACCUGCAUUCCUGCAGAGGUAGAAAUGAACUGCAUUCCUACAGAGGUAGAAAUGGCCUGCAUUCCUACAGAGGUAGAAAUGACCUGCAUUCCUGCAGAGGUAGAAAUGACCUGCAUUCCUGCAGAGGUAGAAAUGACCUGCAUUCCUGCAGAGGUAGAAAUGGCCUGCAUUCCUACAGAGGUAGAAAUGACCUGCAUUCCUACAGAGGUAGAAAUGGCCUGCAUUCCUGCAGAGGUAGAAAUGACCUGCAUUCCUGCAGAGAUAGAAAUGACCUGCAUUCCUGCAGAGGUAGAAAUGAACUGUAUUCCUACAGAGGUAGAAAUGGCCUGCAUUCCUGCAGAGAUAGAAAUGACCUGCAUUCCUACAGAGGUAGAAAUGAACUGUAUUCCUGCAGAGGUAGAAAUGACCUGCAUUCCUACAGAGGUAGAAAUGAACUGUAUUCCUGCAGAGGUAGAAAUGGCCUUCAUUCCUACAAAGGAGAAAUGA